AUGAGUUUUGUUGUUGAUCCUAAGGAAUCUUACGAACUGAUCACAAAGAACUUACAAGAAGUUCUAAAUCCACAGAUUAUCAAGGAUGUCUUGGAGAAGGAAAACAGACCAUUGAAAUUGUACUGGGGUUCUGCUCCUACUGGUAAGCCUCACUGUGGUUACUUUGUACCAAUGACGAAAUUGGCAGAUUUCUUAAAAGCUGGUUGUGAAGUUGUCAUUUUGAUGGCAGACCUACAUGCAUUUUUAGAUAAUAUGAAGGCACCAUUGGAGGUCGUCAAUUACAGGGCUAAAUACUACGAAUUCACGGUCAAGGCAAUUUUGAGAAGUAUUGAUGUUCCAAUUGAAAAAUUGAAAUUUAUCACUGGAUCCUCGUACCAAUUGAAACCAGAUUACACUUUAGAUAUUUUCCGUUUAGCUAAUAAAGUUUCUCAAAACGAUGCAAAGAGAGCUGGUGCAGAUGUGGUUAAACAAGUGGCUAACCCAUUGUUAAGUGGUUUGAUCUACCCAUUGAUGCAAGCUCUUGAUGAGCAGUACUUGGAUGUCGAUUGUCAAUUUGGUGGAUCUGAUCAAAGAAAGAUCUUUGUUUUGGCAGAAGAAACCUUAGGUUCUCUUGGCUACAAAAAGAGAGCUCAUUUGAUGAAUCCAAUGGUUCCUGGUUUGACUCAGGGUGGUAAAAUGUCUGCAUCUGAUCCAAAUUCUAAGAUUGAUCUAUUAGAUUCUCCAAAACAAGUGCAAAAGAAAAUCAACAGUGCUUACUGUAGUCCAGGUGCUGUUGAAGAUAACGGUUUGUUGGCUUUCGUCCAAUAUGUUAUUGCACCAAUUCAAGAAUUAAAAUAUGGUAAGGAAGAAUUCCAUUUUUACAUUAACAGACCUGAAAAAUUUGGUGGUCCAGUUGCCUACGACUCCCUCGACAAAUUAUUCCAAGAUUUCAAGGAAUUAAAAUUGGCACCUCCUGAUUUAAAAACUGGUGUUUCCGACGCUAUUAAUGAACUAUUGGAGCCAAUCAGAAAAGAAUUCGAAUCUAGUUCUGAAUGGCAAGCCGCCCUUGCCAACGGUUACCCAGAGGUAGUUCCACAAACUACUAAGAAAGCCAAGAAGCCCAAGAACAAGGGUACCAAGUACCCAGGUGGUAACCAGCAGGCCAAGAACGCAGAAGGUGCCGUCGAAGAAGCUAGCGAGAAGUUGGAUAAGACCACUUUGUAA